GUGAGGUCGGUGCACGUCUUGAUCGCACUGCUCGCUCUCCUUCCUCGUCAUCAUCCUCAUCGUCAUCAUCCUCAUCGUCAUCAUCCUCAUCGUCAUCAUCCUAGCCAUUCUCUUCUAUCCUCGAUAGCAUCCGUCAUCACAGGCGAAAGGUGAAACUCCACCAUGGAGACACUCGUAGCCUCCGACGAUUACGCAGCUGGCGGUACAAUUCCCUUUCAUGGAGAUGACGCUGACGCCAUUGCAAACGCGAACGACGCUGAGAUGAACGCCGAAUACGAGCAGCCCGGCUGGGAACACGAGGAACGCAUGGAGGAAGAAGGGGAACAAGAAGGGGACUCUAAUUCAGUUCUGAAGCCGACAGAUGCUUUUCCCCCUGUGGUAGGAGAAUCAGAAGAGGUGAUGGAGUACGAUCAAGAUGCUUCUGGAGAUGCCGCUGAAGAGGCAGACGAGGAUGGCGAUAUCGACAUCGGCGAAGUGGAUGAAAGCGCAGACGUCGUCAUCGCAGACGAGGAGGAACAAGUCGAUCAAGAAGGGCAAGAUGACUCCGCAUACGAGCAGGGUGCUGAGAUCGUCCAGGAGGUAGUGCUUGAUGAUGAGCAGGAAGAGCAGCAACAUGGUGACGCGCCCGAAGCCACAGAGCUCGCAUCUGAUAAUCCACCUGUACUGGCAGCGGUAGCAGAGAGCGAAGCGGCGAAGCUGGGCACGAGUCAAGAAGGUGACCACUCCGGAGAACCUUCAUUGUCAGGUCCAACAGUCGGGGCAGCGACUGAUUCAUCCGCAGAUGUACCCACGGAUGCACCGAACGUCGACAGUGAAUCUGUGGUAGCGCAUGAACAGGCCACCUCAGAAUCUACAGUCCGUGAGCCAUCGCCCUCCAGCGGACAGCAACACGAGAGCAACGCAAAUGCUGAUUCGAGCGGUGCGGAGGGCGCAGCCAAGAAUGCCGACGUUGGAGGUGCCGAACAAGCGGCUGACGAAGUCGAGGACGACGACCAGGCCGGAGACGCCUCAUCCUCGGAGUCUUGGGAUGCCGGAGAAGAAGAAGAUGAGGUAGCAAUCGAACCCAUUCGGCUGUCUUUCCAAGACCAAUCGUUCGCCAUCUUCUCUGCGGACCCAGAGUCCACGAGCUAUCUGGCCUGGGACGAUGAGACAGACACACUCAAGACUGUACCGGCUCCGAGACUUGCCGUGGACGAAGAUGUAUUCUGGUCGCCGCUUGAGACUCUUUUCAAUGCUCUGAGAGUCAAAGAUGCACUGGGGGAGUUUCUUGAAGGCGAAAGUGGAAGUGAGCUGGUGAUGACGUUCCCAGAGCUGGAGCUGACGGUUCGAGAGGACAAUGUUUAUGCUCGCGAGAUCUCCCUCACCCAUCUGAUACGUCUUCACCAUCAGCUGGGUCUUCGAGACAGCAUGCACAUUCGGAUCUCUGAGGAUUCGAGAUUCAUCUCACAAUACAAUCUCUUGGCGCAGCAGAUCGCUCAAGCGCAAAAACAAGGAGCUGAAGAUACUAGCGGAGAAGAAGUAGGCGCCCCUGAGGCCGAAGAGGCAGUAGCAAGCGCGAGCACACUCCCUCUCACAGCGGAAAGUGAUGGGGUGAUGGGAGAAGGUGGCGCGGCGCAAGAUGAGAGGGUCGGUGCUCUGAAGAACGCAGAUGCCGCACACGAGGAAGUCGAGGAGGCAUCUGCCACUGUGGCUGCAGAAGUGAAGCCAACAGCUACCGAAGAGGCUGCGGACAUUGACGGUGAAAGCGGAGGCGCGGACUUGAACACAGCCAAGAAUGGCGCUGUCGAUGGCUUGGCCGCUCAAGACGCCGAAGCAGUACAGAAAAGUGGUGCACAGCAAGGAGAGGCUUCGGCCACCUCUACUUACGAGGAGCAUGGCAGUGAAACCGUCCGAGAAGCAGAUGGCGCCGCGGAAGAGAUCAUAGAGUACCAGGAGGAAGGCGAUGAGCAGCUCUCUGCCCAUCUAGCCGAUCAGGAGGAAGGCUACGUCGAUGAGACUCAAGAAGCGGAAGCGGAAGGAGCCGAUGAUCAGGAGACAGACAAUGUUGCCGAGCAUCCGGAUGCAGACCAAUGGCAAAUCGUCGAGGGCGAAGAGGAAGAAGCCGACGAUGAAAAUAUCGACGCUCCAGAGGAGGAAGCUACCGCAGCUGCGGAUGUAGGCACUGCAGACUAUGAGGAGCAACUGCAAGAAGAGUCUGGUGAAACGACCGCCGGGUCCACAAAUGGCGACAAAACAGAAAGCUCUUCGAAUCCAAGACCUGGGACGCUGGCAUGAAGAUUACGAGACAUGCUCUCACUCGUUCGCUGUCAUUGUCCACGAUACAUUCCUCCCCCUUCCGCAAGACUCAAAGCAAUUCCUCCAUUCCAAUUCAUCACACACUCUCCCCCUU